AUGACUUUAGUGUUUGUGCUUUGCGUUGUGCAACUGGCUGUUGUUGUUGUGGCAGAUGACCCACCAGGUCACAUGCAACCCAUUGGUUCACACAUGCCACCCAUGCCUAUAGAGGAAAGAGACGAUCUCCCAAACCCAAUCGAGUUUUACGAUAAUUACGUCAAACCUGGGAUACCAGUUGUGUUUAAAGGAGCAGCAAAGAAGUUUCCAAGUUACUAUAACUGGACGAACGACACGUAUUUAAGAGAGAUGUAUGGAGCUUGGGACAUUGUAGCAGAAAUGGGUAAAAAAGAGAAUAGAGAUUUUCCAGUUCAAAAGAUGAACUUUUCUUCUUUUCUUUCUAUUUAUGAAAAAGAAGAUUUGUAUAUGGUACAUAAUAUGGCACGACCGCAUCCAAUAACAGGGGAUGUAUUCCUUCCGAAAUCUUUACUUUGUCGCGACUUCUUGGAGUCUCUAAACUUAAUAAUGAUGUGGUUCUCGUCUGGUGGAACUAAAUCUGUUCUCCACAAUGAUUUCGUUGAAAAUAUUAACUGCCUUUUUGAUGGGACGAAGCGGUUUGUAUUGAUUGACAGAAAACACAAAGACCUCGUUCCCAUCGAUAAUCCCGAUAGGGGUUUUAGUUCAGUUGACGUUGAAAAAGUCGACAUGCACAAGUAUCCAACGUUAGGCAAAUUAACUUGGUACAUCGCGAAUAUGGACACAGGAGAUUGCUUUUAUAUACCAUAUGGCUGGUUUCAUCACGUUAGUUCAUCCCGAACUCGAAACUUAGCGAUCAAUAUUUGGUGGAGAAGUUUUAACCAGUUUGAUUAUAAAGAAGAAUGUGAAAAGAAUCUCGCAGAUAUUCCAGAAUAUGACACGUUGUUUAAUCACCCGGUCAAGUCAGGAGUAAAAAUCCAUCAGUUAGUUUUCCGAGAUGCGUACACUGAUAGCAAGCCGAAUGCAACGUAUAUUGAAGUGGCAACAGCGGUACAUCCUCUGUUUAAUAAAGACGAAACCAAGGAGAAUAAACGCGUAUACUUUAAGAAACUUAAAUAUUUCUUUUUCAACGCGGAUACAAACAAAGACAAGUACCUCACAAAAGAGGAAAUUGAAAGUGUCGAUUUGGAAACCAUAAAAGAUUUCCUCACUGAAGAUGCUGUGAAGCAGAUGGAGAAAAAAUAUACGAAAGUCAAUGACGAGUUGUGAAGAUAGUCUUAUGACUAACUAAUAUCUAUAAUCAUAGUUUAUUUUUUUAAACUAUGCCAUAAUGAUGUGUUAUAUUUGAAUAUAAAGAAAUGCAUUAAUAUACGAUAGUACGAAGCAAGCCUAAA